GCAAUCGAGCUGUCAAGAGAGCGUCAGCUUAUUAGGCAAAUGCUGCGUGCUUUCUGAAGAGGGUCGACACUAUAAAAUCCCACACCAGGCUCUGGUGUGAGAAACUCGGAGCCCAAGUACGUUAAGAGACCGAAGAGAAAGAGGAAAAGACAAAGACAGAGACAAAGAGAGAGUGGGAACAGAAACAAAAGGGAAGAAAACCUUCUUUAGAGAAAGCCCCGGAGCCGUCCCUCUGCAGAGGCGACUGCGCCCGGCUCACCUGCGAAGCGCCUGGGAAGUGAGCGCCCUAACAUGCGCUUGCCGCUGCUCGUGUCCGCGGGCGUCCUGCUGCUCGCCCUCCUGCCCUGCCCGCCAUGCAGGGCCCUCCUCAGCCGGGGGCCCGUCCCGGGCGCCCGACAAGUCCCGCAGUCCCCCCAGCCCCUGGAUUUCUUCCAGCCGCCGCCUCAGCCCGGGCAGCUCCAGCCGCCGCAGUCUCGUCCGGUUCUGCUCCGCAUGGGAGAGGAGUACUUCCUCCGCCUGGGGAGCCUCAGCAGGAGCCCCGCUGCUCGCCUCUCACCCGGCUCUUCGCCCCUCGCCGCAGGCAGCCGCCCCUCGCCGGACCAGGCAGCCGCCAACUUUUUCCGCGCGUUGCAGCAGCUACAGCUGCCUCGGCGCCCGCUCGACAGCCCCGCGGAUGCCGAGAAGCGCGGCGGCGGGCGCGCUCUCGGUGGCCACCAGGAGGCAGUGGAGAGGGGGCGACGGUCCGAGGAGCCCCCCAUCUCCCUGGAUCUCACCUUCCACCUUCUCCGAGAAGUCUUGGAAAUGGCCAGGGCCGAGCAGUUAGCGCAGCAAGCCCAUAACAACCGGAAACUGAUGGAGAUUAUUGGGAAAUGAAAUGGUGCGUUUGGAGGAAAGGAUCCCACGUUUAGCACAAAAAAUAAAAAGUAAAAAAAUUUAAAAAUACAGCAUUCUGUACCAUAGCGCUGCUCCGAUAUCAUUUGUUUAUUUUUAUAUAGCUUGAAACAUAGAGAAUGUACAGGGAGAGAUUCUAUACCCCUUAAUUAGCAUGCGAAGUGUAUACACGUGCCCUACCAACGCAGUGUCAUUUAUACUGUUCACUCCCAGCUUCCGUGUCCAGGUGUCUUUAUAGCCGUGUUUUAAAAAGAACAGUAGGCUCAGGAGGAAACAUUCUGAAGCAGAUGGAAGUCGCCCAAGUGUUUUCCUGGUGGUCAGAGCCAAAGGGAAUGCCAUUCUCUUGAGUAGUGCGGAGGACUAAGUGUGUAAACUGUUUGAGUCAACUUUUUUUGUUGUAAACGUUUCAGUAAUAAAACAUCUUUCCAAUCCUU